CUUACGGUUCCAACAGUCACAGUGACAGAGAACUAAAAUGGAGCAGCACGGAUUACAACUGGACCUUAAAAUGUUUUCCUGUUCGAUCUGCCUGGAUCUACUAAAGGAUCCAGUGACGAUUCCCUGUGGACACAACUACUGUAUGAACUGUAUUAAAACGCACUGGAACAAAGAGGAUCUAAAACAAACCUACAGCUGCCCUCAGUGCAGGAAAACUUUUGCUUCAAAGCCUGAUCUGGAGAAGAACACCAUGUUAGCAGCUGUGGUGGAGCAACUGAAGAAGACUGGAGUGUACGCUGCUCCUGAAGCUGGACCUGAAGAUGUGGCCUGUGAUUUCUGUACUGGAAGGAAGCUGAAAGCCAUCAAGUCCUGUUUGUUCUGUCUGGCCUCUUAUUGUGAGAAACACCUUCAGCCUCAUUAUGAUGUGGCUCCACUAAAGAAACACAAGCUGGUGGAGGCCAUGAACCUCCAGGAGAACAUCUGCUGUAGUCACAAUCAGGUAAUAAACAUGUUCUGUCGUACUGAUCAGAAGUGUAUCUGUAGUCUCUGUUUAAUGGAUGAACAUCAAGACCAUGACACAGUGUCAGCUGCAGCAGAAAGGACUUUGAGGCAGAAAGAGCUGGAGGAGAAACAAGGAAAUAUCCAGCAGAGAAUCCAGGACAGAGAGAAAGAUGUGAAGCUGCUUCAACAGGAGGUGGAGGCCAUCAAUCACUCUGCUGAUAAAACAGUGGAGGACAGUGAGAAGAUCUUCACUGAGCUGAUCCGUCUCAUCCAAAAAAGAAGCUCUGAUGUGAAGCAGCAGAUCAGAUCCCAGCAGAAAACUGAAGUGAGUCGAGUCAAAGAGCUUCAGGAGAAGCUGGAGCAGGAGAUCACUGAGCUGAAGAAGAAAGAAGCUGAGCUGAAGCAGCUCUUAAACACAGAGGAUCACAACCAGUUUCUCCACAGCUACCCCUCACUGUCAGCACUCAGUGAGUCUACACACUCAUCCCUCAUCAAUAUCCGUCCUCUGAGACACUUUGAGGAUGUGACAGCAGCUGUGUCAGAGCUCAGAGAUAAACUACAGGACAUUCUGGGAGAGAAAAGGACAAACAUCUCAUCACCAGCGAUUGAUAGUGACCAGAAAAUAAAAGACCCAAAGAGCAGAGCCGACUUUCUAAGAUAUUCAUGUACCAUCACUCUAGAUCCAAACACAACACACACACAGCUUGUGUUGACAGAGGGGAACAGGAAGGUCACACUUAUCAGUCAACAUCAGCCUUAUUCUAUUCACCCAGAUAGAUUCACUGGUUGUUGCCAGGUUCUGAGCAGAGAGAGUCUGUCUGGACGUUGUUACUGGGAAGUGGAGUGGAAAGGGAGAGGAGGGUUUGUUGCUGUUUCGUACAAGAGUAUCAGUAGAGCAGGGGGGGAAUGUGCAUUUGGGCGUAAUAGCAAAUCUUGGGCUUUGGAUUGUUAUCAAAAAACAUACACAUUUUAUCACAAGAAAAAUAAAACCCCAAUCUCAGGUCCUGUUUCCUCCAGAAUAGGAGUGUACCUGGAUCACUCAGCAGGUAUUCUGUCCUUCUACAGCGUCUCUGAAACCAUGAAUCUCCUCCACAGAGUCCAGACCACGUUCACUCAGCCGCUACAUGCUGGAGUUUGGAUUUACUACACCAACGUUACAGCAGAGUUCUGUAAACUCGGGUGGACUUGACUUUAGUGGCUGUGAGUUCAAGUGAAUCGAAACAGUCUUUUACUAGCUGCUUUUAUUUCUAUUUGGCAGUUUAAAUAAAAAAUGAAGAAAAUAUUGAAGUUUUGUCUAUAUGUCUUUCUCGUUGAAUUUUUCAUUUUAUAAAAUGUUAAGCAUUUUUUUAACCAACUUUAGCAUGUCAGUUAAAUCAUUAAAGUGCUAAUUAGGUAUUCUUUCCAUUCUAAAAGACUGAUUAGAAAAGAAAUAUAUUUGUGUGGGGUUAAAAACUUUUUUAUCACUGCUUCUGUCUGCUUGAACCCCAGUCGGUUUCAGCAGAUGGCCGCUCACACUAAGGAUCUGCUGGAGGUUUCUUUCUGU